UGGUGGAUUAGCUCACCCCCACUCAUUAGGACCAAUCCAGCGUCCACAUUAGCUGUCCGGGAGCCGUAAACUUAUAUACCGUUUAUAAUACUGACCCUCGAAAAGAAUUGAACUUAUUUUUACUUGUUUAGUUUCCCGUCACAUUUUCCGGAUGGGUUCACGUCGGCGCUCGAGGGCGUCCGCUCCGCCGCAGACGAGUCCACUCUCCAUCCGGCUCAGCUCCGACCGCCAAGAUGUCCGUCUCCUACGAGGAAUCCGCCGCCGCUGACGAGGCCAUGGACAGUUUUUGGGAGGUGGGAAAUUACAAGCGCGCCGUGAAGAGGUUCGAUGACGGCCAUCGACUCUGCAACGAUUUCAUGAACUGCCUGCAGGAACGGACCAAGAUCGAGAAGGCGUACAGUCAGCAGCUCACCGAGUGGUCCAAGAGAUGGAGGCAGCUGAUCGAGAAAGGUCCUCAGUACGGCUCGGUGGAGCGCGGCUGGCUGGCCGUGAUGACGGAAGCCGACAAGGUGAGCGAGCUCCACCAGGAGGUGAAGAACAGCCUGCUGAACGAGGACGUGGAGAAACUGAAGAACUGGCAGAAGGACUCGUACCACAAACAGAUGAUGGGCGGCUUCAAGGAGGCCAAAGAGGCCGAGGAGGGAUUUAAGAAAGCUCAGAAACCCUGGGCCAAGAAACUCAAAGAGAUGGAGACGGCGAAGAAGACGUACCACAUGGCCUGUAAGGAGGAGAAGCUGGCGGCGGCGCGCGAGGCCAACGGCAAGGCCGAAGCGUCCGUCACCCCCGACCAGCAGAAGAAACUCCACGAGAAGACCGAGAAGUGCAAACAGGACGUCCAGAAGGCCAAGGAGAAGUACGAGAAGUCUCUGGAGGAGCUGGUGAAGUGCCAGCCUCAGUACAUGGAGAGCAUGGAUCAGGUGUUCGAUCUGUGCCAGCAGCAUGAGGUCAAGAGGCUCAACUUCCUCAAAGAGGUGCUGCUGGACAUCAAGCGCCAUCUGAACCUCACCGAGAACCAAAGCUACGCCUCGGUGUACCGCGAGCUGGAGCGCACCAUCCUCGCCGUCAACUCACAGGAGGAUCUGAAGUGGUUCAGCAACAACCACGGGCCGGGCAUGCACAUGAACUGGCCCAUGUUUGAGGAAUAUAAUCCAGAUGCUACCAACGCCGUGGCGAAGAGGGAGAAGAAGAAGCCAGAUGGAGCGGCGCCCGCUACGCCCAACAUGGAGCACGGAGGACAGCCGGGGGACCGCGGCAGCGUGAGCAGCUAUGAAAAAAACCAGGCCUACUCAACAGAGUGGUCGGAUGACGAGCAGCCCGCCGGAUUUUCGGGCAACGAGACCAACGGCGGCGGCAACUCGUUCGAAGACGAUUCCAGUAACAGAGGGGGGGUGCGGGUGCGGGCGCUGUACGACUACGAGGGGCAGGAGCAGGACGAGCUGACCUUCAAAGCAGGCGACGAACUGACGAAGAUCGAGGAUGAGGACGACCAGGGCUGGUGCCGGGGCCGUUUGGACAGCGGGCAGUCGGGUUUAUACCCGGCCAAUUACGUGGAGGAGAUCUAAUCGCUGGGGUGGACGCAGCGCUGGGGGCAGCUCUGAUUGUCCCAUCGAACAGCUCGGUGUGAAGCCAGAGACUUUUGAGCAACACGUAAAUAAGUUUGCCCAACAAAUGCGCUAAGCACUCGUUUAAAAAUAAUAAUUACAUUUAAAAAAAACGUCUUAGUAAAGCUUAAAUAUAUUUACACAGUAUAUACGCCUCUGGUCUGUGAGGGAGGAACGAUUGAGAAAAAAAUAUAUAAAUAUAUUAUAAUGUAUUUACAGCAGACAUAUUAAUACACACUCACACAGAACGAUUCAUACGAAAGCCAAACGGAUGCAAGUUCAGGGAUACAUAUCGAUGUUUGGUGGCGGCGGAUGCUGUGCGUAAUGUGUGUGUCCCUCGUAUUAACACGUCAGCUAAGAUCUUUACCUAGCGGAGUCAACUUGUGUCCAUGUGUUUUAUUUUUCAACAUUAAUGUGAAUAAAACAGGCAAAAAUA